CGGGCUGGACGGGGGUGGGGCGGUCACGUGCGCCCGAGGGGGCGGGGCCCCAAGCGGAACCGAGUUCCACCUAGAGGCUCCGUGCAAGGCGCGAACUUUUCCCCCGAGAUUUGAGGGGCUGACCUUGACCUGAACCCCUCGGGAGGACUCGAGGCACCCGUAGCCAGGACCGGGCUAAGGUGUCCGCGGCCAGCCUGGGACAGCGGUCGGGGGCUGAAGACACCCAGGAAAAGUGGGAGCAGAAGCCUGGGGGUGAGUGCAGGAAGAGCUCUGCUCGCAGCUUUUACGAAGGCUCUGGUCUCCGUUUAUUCCGGGGUGGGCCAGGGCAAGUGCCCCGACAGCUCAGCUCGAAGGCGGCAGCCGAGGCCACUGUCCCUUAAGAGUGCUGGAGUCCUCAGCACCUGUCUAGGGCUUCAGCAGGGGCUGUGGUCAUGGUGAAUGAAGAUCCCAACCAACAGGAGCAAAAUGGCACGCCAGCGCAGGACCCCGCACUCCGGGUGGACCACAGCGCCUCGGGGCACCAGAGCGUGUCCACGCACCCGAGCGCGUCGAUGCACCGGAGCGUGUCGGCCCACCCCAGUGUCUCCAUCCACCCCGCCGUGUCGGCCCGCCCGAGCAGUUCGGCCCACCCCAGUAUGCUGGCCCAGUCCGGUGGCUUGGCUCACCCCAGUAGCUCGUGCCCCGAGGACCUUAGUGUGAUCAAGGUGAGCAAGCGCCGUUGGGUGGUGGUCCUGCUGUUUAGCUGCUACUCUAUGUGCAACGCCUUCCAGUGGAUCCAGUACGGCUCCAUCAAUAACAUCUUCAUGCACUUCUACGGGGUCAGCGCCUUUGCCAUCGACUGGCUGUCCAUGUGCUACAUGCUGACCUACAUCCCUCUGCUGCUGCCCGUGGCCUGGCUGCUGGAGAAAUUCGGCCUGCGCACCAUCGCCCUCACCGGGUCCGCUCUCAACUGCCUGGGGGCCUGGGUGAAGUUGGGUAGCCUGAAGCCGCAUCUCUUCCCGGUCACCGUGCUGGGCCAGAUCAUCUGCUCUGUGGCCCAGGUCUUCAUCCUGGGCAUGCCCUCCCGCAUCGCUUCAGUCUGGUUCGGGGCCAAUGAGGUAUCAACGGCCUGUUCCAUAGCUGUCUUCGGCAAUCAGCUUGGAAUUGCAAUUGGGUUCUUGGUCCCUCCUGUUUUGGUACCCAACAUCGAAGACCAGGACAAGCUUGCCUACCACAUCAGCAUCAUGUUUUACAUAAUAGGAGGCGUGGCCACUCUGCUUUUCAUCCUUGUCAUCAUCGUAUUCAAGGAGAAGCCUAAACAUCCCCCCAGCAGGGCCCAAUCCCUGAGCUACGCCCUGGCGUCCCCUGAUGCUUCGUACUUAAGUUCCAUUGUCCGGCUCUUCAGAAACCUCAACUUUGUGCUGCUUGUCAUUACCUACGGUCUGAAUGCUGGUGCUUUUUAUGCCUUGUCAACUCUGCUGAAUCGCAUGGUGAUCUUGCACUACCCGGGGGAAGAAGUGAAUGCUGGAAGAAUCGGCCUGACCAUCGUCAUUGCAGGAAUGCUUGGGGCUGUGAUCUCAGGCAUCUGGCUGGAUAGGUCGAAAACCUACAAGGAGACAACCCUGGUGGUCUACAUCAUGACUGUGGUUGGCAUGGUGGUGUACACAUUGACCUUGAACCUGGGACACCUAUGGGUAGUGUUCAUCACUGCUGGCACAAUGGGCUUCUUCAUGACCGGCUAUCUCCCCCUGGGAUUUGAGUUUGCUGUGGAGCUGACAUACCCAGAAUCAGAAGGCAUGUCGUCUGGCCUCCUUAACGUGUCUGCCCAGGUAUUCGGGAUCAUCUUCACCAUCUCCCAGGGUCAAAUUAUUGACAACUAUGGAACCAUGCCUGGGAACAUCUUUCUGUGUGUGUUCCUCACCCUUGGAGCAGUCCUCACUGCAUUCAUUAGGGCAGAUCUCCGGAGGCAGAAAGCAAACAAAGAAACUCCUGAGAAUAGCACGUCACUGUUGUCACAGUCUGCUGAGCAGCGCCCACUCCUUGGAUCCUGAGACAAGUCCUGAGACCCUGGCUCCACUGCUUUCAGCCUUGGGGUCAGUGGCUGGAGAGGAAAGGUGGGAGCCUACCUCGACCACAGUGGUGGUGGACUCAAAUCAGUGGCUCUCCUGGCAGGUUACAGCCCCUUAGGCAGUGCCAUGGGGAUGAAGGGACCUGCACCAGUGGACUUCCAGUAAGGCUCUAACAGGAGAAGUCAGGAAGCAAGAGCUGAUGGUGAUAUAGGGGGAGGACUGAGAGUAUGAUCUAGAACAGAAGAGGGUUUCCCAACUGCUUUAAUCAGCUGGGAACUAUUUUAGCCAAAAUGUUAGGUAUCAUAUCUGAGCCAGGAUGAAAGCGAUUUCAAAUCUGAGGAGUAAAAGUGGGAUAUUACUUAAAAAACAAAUAAACACCCAAAACCUAUUACAGAAGUAAUACAUGUUCUUAGUAGAAAAACUAAAAAAUACAGAAACGUAUACAAAAUUUUAAAAUCAUCCUGUAUCAUCACCUAGAGAUGAAAUGCUGGUUGUUUUACAAUUACUUAAAUGUCUAUAUCUACAUAGAAUAUGUAUGUGUAUAUAUUUUAUAUUUAUAUAUGGAUAUGUGAAUAUUUUUAAAAGAAAAAUGGAAUCUUCUAUCGCUUUUUUUUACUUGUUGUGAACGCUUUAUCAGGUCAUUAUUCUUUUACAAUAUACUUUUUUUUGUCUUCAAGUUUCUUUUUCUUUAAUGUUUAUUUUUGAGAGAGAGAAAGUGCGUGCCCAAGCAGGGAAGGGGCAGAGAGAGAGGGAGACAGAGAAUCCCAAGCAGGGCCCAUGUUGUCAGCGCAGAGCCCAACACAGGGCUCAGACUCACUGUGAGGUCAUGACCUGAGCCAAAACCAAGAGUCAGACGCUCGAUUGACUGAGCCAGCCAGGCGCCCCUAUAACAUGCUUUAAAUGACUGCACAGUGUUUAAAUGAGUGCACAUGGGUAAACCAUGAUUUAACAGUUUUCCUGUCUGUAGACAUUAAGGUUGUUUUCAAUCAUUGUUAUAAACAAUAUCGUGAGUAACGUCCCGGAGGCUGAAUCUUUGCGCGUGUUCUUAAGCACAGUGUUUCCUUGAGAAAUGGAUCCGUGGUCACACACAUUUUAAAGACCUUGAUACGUGUUGCCAAACUGGUGUCUAGAAAGGUACUAUCAAAACUAUUAAUUUGUAUUGCUAUAGCAGUGUAUGAGUACCAAUGUUGAGGAUAUAUCGUUUUGGAAAACUUGGCCAAUUUUCCAAGGCAAAAAAUGGUACCUGAAAGAGGUAUAGUUAGCGUUGUAAGGAUAUGUGUUGGCAGAUAGAUGAUAACCUUUAGUUCUCUAUUAUUUGUCUUCUGAUAUCACGCUAUAGAGUUGGCAGGCUGCAGCAGGGAGCAGUAAAUUCAGCGGGGAGGCAGGGAAAGCCUCGGAGCAGAAAUGCCAUUCUCCAGACUGGCGUGAGGGCUGUGGCAUUGCCACGGCGGAGAUGGGCUUUCACCUGUGCCCAUGUAAAGGAAACGAUGGUUUGGAACAUUUUGGUGAAUAUAUAGUGAGCCUGGGUAAUAAAAAAGGAGAGCCGGUAACAAAACAGGAGAGAUUUCUUGGGAGAAGGUUUUAAUUUGGAAUGUGACAUAUUGUGUCAAGUGAUAAGAGAUUUUGUUUACUCUGUAAUCUGUGUUUAUGUUGGCAGACAUGGGCAAACACGAGGAAAGAAAAGGUCACCUGUUAAUCCUAGCACCCGGAGAUAACCUAAUAACAUUAUAGUCCGUCAUUAAAGUUGUUUUCUUUGGGUUUGCUUGUGCAUAUUGGUUUCCCAAACUGAUUGUUUACUUAAUGUUAGCUUGUCAGCUUUUCCCCAGUUACAUCCUACAACUCUCUAUUUCCAUUUCCUCUUGUUUAAUACUUAGGUUGCUCCACUAUUUCAUUAUUCUUGCAGCGGCAUCUUGGUGCACAUAGACCAGGUUUGUUAAUCAAGGUUGGAGUUGUUGGCUUACUCACCUUCUGGAUGGGGUAUUGGAAAUAGCACUGAGUAGGAAGAGGAGACAAAUCUGGGGAUCGUGCUCAACCGUCUGUGUCCCUGGAUAACUCACCAUGCAUCUUUGGACCUCACUUGCACCUGAGGAGGCUUAUUGGUAUGGGAAGGUCAGAGUCAUGGUGGGUUGACACCCAGGGAAGCCAGGGCUGUUACAGAGCAUCCCUCCACUGGAGCCCAACACUAAAACCCCACGGCAGUCAGGGUGAGACCUGGCCACCACCACAUGAAUUCAUCAUCAGAGCCAGGUAAAAAGACAGGGCGCCUGGCAGAUGUGGCCAGAGCUGCUCUUUCUAAUCUAUGAGAUGUACAGUUUUGGAAAAAAGAGACAGAACUGGCUUGGGGCUAGUGACUAACCUCGAUGAUGAAAAUCUUGGUUUGGGUUUCCAUUUUUCUUCCAGUUGGUAGUUCUCAGCCAAGAGACGGUGGCUGUACUUCUGUCCCCACUAAGCUGGGUUUCUGGUUGUGAUUUCAAAGUGCCAGCUUUGGAGAGGGCAGGCAUGUGUGGGCACACACGUGUGUGUCCGCGAGAGGAGAGAGGCUGCCUGGUUGACUUAAGCAGGCUGCUGGUUGCCUGAACGAAGGCUACUCAUGGCUGAGGUUGACCUGGGGCCAAAAAAUUAGCAAGAGUGAGAAU